GGCGGCGGAGGGGCCAUGGCCAAGGCCUACGACCACCUCUUCAAGCUGCUGCUGAUCGGGGACAGCGGCGUGGGCAAGACCUGCCUCAUCAUCCGCUUCGCCGAGGACAACUUCACCAGCACCUACAUCUCUACCAUCGGCAUCGACUUCAAAAUCCGGACAGUGGACAUCGAUGGGAAGAAAAUCAAGCUGCAGGUGUGGGACACAGCAGGACAGGAGCGCUUCAAAACCAUCACCACAGCCUAUUACCGUGGAGCUGUGGGCAUCAUCCUGGUGUAUGACAUCACCGAUGCAAAGUCCUUUGAAAACAUCCAGAACUGGAUGAAGAGCAUCAAAGAGAACGCCUCAGCCGGGGUCGAGCGUCUCCUGAUUGGCAACAAGUGCGACAUGGAGAGCAAGCGCAAAGUGCAGCGUGAGGAGGCGGAGAAGCUGGCAAAGGAGCAUGGGAUCCGCUUCUUUGAGACCAGUGCCAAAUCCAGCGUGAAUGUGGAGGAGGCCUUCAGCAUGCUGGCACGAGACAUCCUGCAGAAAUCCUCCCGGAAAGCAGCCCCCAGCGGCAGCAGGCCCCUGCUGGAGCCCGGCCCCGCGAGGAAGGCCGGGGGUAAAUGCUCCCUGGCAUAG